CUUGACGGGAAUGAUCUUGAAAACGUGAGCUACUCCUGCAUAAAGGCUUCAAUUAUCGCUUCUCAGCUUCUUCCACACGAUUCAGGGCGGCGGAAUAGUGUUCCUCCACGUUCAAACUUCAGUGUGGGGUUGCGGGCCCGAACAACGCCAAUCUCCACUUCGGAACGGUACUUCUUCCUCAUCACCUGCAACGGGAACAGAUUAUUCAGCAAUUGAGAGAAGAAAACAUUCGGACUCAUUGAUACUUCACUUCCCACAUGACAACAUUCCCAGGAAAACCAACAACCAUGUCUGAAAAAGCCCAAGAACCUCUUCCAAAAAUCAACAGAUUUAUAACAGACCACGAUUCAUCAGGAAAAGCCAUUUUCUCAGAAGAGAUUCCUUCAGCACUAGACUGGCAAACACUCCCAGAUGGUGCAAAGUUCUGUUUGGGAUACUGUACCAACACCUUCCCAGUAUCCUUGAAUUCCAAUGAAGAUGUAUCGACCUACCGCCACUACCAAGAGAACCUUCCGGGAAUAACUAUUCCUGGAGGUACAGUGUUGAGGAUCGUGGACAUGCUCCCAGGUGCAUUGUCGCCCAUGCAUAGGACUGUGAGCCUGGAUUAUGGCGUAGUAUUGGAAGGGGAGGUGGAAUUGGUGCUGGAUUCGGGAGAGACGAAGUUGAUGAGGCGGGGAGACGUGGCAGUCCAGCGAGGGACAAAUCAUGCGUGGAGAAAUGCGAGUCAGGAGAAGCUCGCGCGGAUGUUGUAUGUCUUGCAGGAGGCAGCGCCUAUUGAGAUCGGAGGCAAGAAAUUGGAUGAAGAUUAUGGUGGAAUUCCGGGUGUAAGACCUUCGAAAUGAAGACUUGGUUAAGGAUGAGCUCGAACUAGACAAUGAGAGUUCUAAAAGAACAGUAAGAACUUCUGCUGGAAAGCUUGUAUGCCCCAAUAAACGCAUUAGAUUUGUCGUUCAUGAAAUAGCACUUACAGCUUCAUGCCACCCU